AUGACUGAGCAGAACUUCGACACCUUCUUCUCGCAGACCAUCAAUACCAGCACCAUGACUGCCACCCCGCUCACUCCCCCACGCACGGACUCUGUGCCUGCCACUAUAAAGAUGGAGCAGCUCGAGGUCUUCGAUGCAUCCUCUCCCCAUGAGUCCAUGAUGUCCACCACCUCAGAGCCCUCAUCCACACCGGCCCCCUCUUGUGCCUCAGAAUCCAAGACCGUCAAGAAGCGCAAGUCGUGGGGCCAGGUCCUGCCUGAGCCCAAGACCAGCCUGCCCCCACGCAAGCGAGCCAAGACAGACGACGAGAAGGAGCAGCGUCGUAUUGAGCGCGUCAAGCGCAACCCUUCUCGAGAAGGAGAAGCAACGCAUGGAAGCCGACCUCCAUCGCUACCAAGAACAAAUGGCCCAGAUGAAAGCUGA